GCUGCCGCCUCUGCGCCCAGCCAACAGCCACCCCUCUCUCGUCCCUUCUGCCUGCGCCAGCCCCGGCGCCUGUGCCACGCUGCUCCGAGAAGCCUCGUUCUCCAGCGGGAUUGCGCCCACACUGCUCUGGGCUUUUCUCUACUUGGCGUGGGUUGCUGCAGCAGCGGUGCCAGAGGACAGCAGAGGGAUGGCCGGGAGCGGAGCCAGGAGCCAGGAGGGCCGCCGGCGGGAGCACGCCUUUGUCCCAGAGCCUUUUGACGGGGCCAACGUCGCCCCACACCUCUGGCUGCACCGCUUUGAGGUCAUCAGCGACCUCAACAACUGGGACCAUGUCACCAAGCUGAGGUUCCUGAAAGAGUCCCUCCGAGGAAACGCUCUGGAUGUCUACAACGGCCUCAGCCGCCAUGACCAGGGAGACUACGAGGGGCUGCGGGAGAACCUCCUGAAGGCCUUCGCGGGGUCCGGGGCUGCCCACAGCCACCUGCCGAAGGAGAUCGUCUUCGCCUUCAGCAUGGGUAAGGGCUACUACCUCAAGGGCAAGAUCGGCCAAGUGCCCGUGAGGUUCCUGGUGGACUCCGGGGCUCAGGUGUCCGUGGUGCACCCCAGUCUGUGGGAGGAAGUCACGGAUGGUGACCUGGACACCCUGCGGCCCUUUGAGAAUGUGGUGAAGGUGGCCAACGGGGCCGAGAUGAAGAUCCUGGGUGUCUGGGACACGGUGGUGUCCCUGGGCAAACUGAAGCUGAAGGCGGAGUUUCUGGUGGCCAACGCCAGCGCCGAGGAGGCCAUCAUCGGCACCGACGUGCUCCAGGACCACAACGCCGUCCUGGACUUCGAGCACCGCACGUGCACCCUGAAGGGAAAGAAGUUCCGCCUUCUGCCCGUUGGGGGGUCCCUGGAGGAUGAGUUUGACCUGGAGCUCAUAGAGGAGGAGCCGUCGGACGAGGGCCAGCAGGAAUCCUAUUAAGAAGCCCCCCGUUUCCUGACCCCUUGCACCCUCCCUCACCAAACACUGGUGAGAAGACCCAGCCCAGUAGAAGAAAAGGGCAUCUGUCUGUCUGUCUGUCUGUCUGUCUGUCUGUCUGUCUGUCUGUCUGUCUCCAGGAGCCCUGGGCUCAGCCCUUCCCCAGCGACCACAACCUGCCUCCCCAGCCCUCCAGUCAGGGGCCCUGAUCUGCCCCUGGUGGGGGAUGCUUCCUGAGAAACGGCUCAGGUGAGGGGCAGCAGGCCGCCUUCCUCACAGGGACAGGGGGCCCCCGAGCUGACAGGAAACCCUCGGUGGCAAAGAGCCGACGGCUGGAAGAUGGUGCCACGCAGGCAGGAAGUGACUGUCUGUGCGACAAGCCCCCUUCAGGUCCCUCAGACUCAGCUGAGCUGUCCUGGGGGCCGUGCCGUCCACCUCAGCUGGGCUGGGUCCAGCUGCAGGGAGCGCAGGAGAAAGGCCUGGCUCCCCCGGGCUCAGCCACGCCGGUGUUCCCAGCGCUGGGUCUCCUCCCUGUCCCCUCUACCCUUCCUUCUGUCAUUUGCCUGGAAAUCUUCCGAGUCUUGGCCUAAUAAUUCUUCACUUCAAAACCUAAUAAAGAUU